AAUGGCCUCUUUAGUCUAUAGCGGCUUUCAAACUGGUGGAGAUGAGGGCGGCGACCAAUGGAACGAAAAGUCAUCGAGUCGACUCUGUCUCGUCCGCGUCGGUCCCACACUCGAAUUAGCAAAUCAGAAAUUUGUAAAAAUUUGUUCGCGGGGAACCCAUCGCUUGCUCAUUUGGCGACUUUACUCCCACAAUUCAUCUUUUGCAAAUGACCCGCCUCUCCUUCUUCCCCAAGAAACUCGAUCGAUCAUCAAUGACCCAUCUCCAUCUUCAUCUUCUUUGACAAUUUUUGAUUCCUUGAUCUUCAUUUGCUUUGACCCUUUUUCUCAGUUUCUGAAUAACACCAAAAUUAAAGCGUUCAAAUCAGAUCACCCCUUUUAGCUGUAGGUAUGGUACUCCCGUUAUUGAAGCUCGGAACCCUGGCUUUGAAAACUCUGAGCAAGCCGCUCGGAAAUAGGCUCAAGAAACAAGCUGCGUUGCACCCCAGAUUUAGGCAGUUCAUCAUAAAUGUGGCCCAGAUUAAUCACCGGAUGUCGACGCAAAUGCAAAGACGCAUAUAUAGUCAUGCAACUGAUGUAGAAAUUCGCCCUCUGGAUGAGGAGAAAGCAGUUCAGGCUGCUGUUGACCUGAUUGGCGAGGUUUUUGUCUUCUCGGUAGCAGGAGCAAUAGUGAUAUUUGAGGUUCAGAGAAGUGCUAGGUCAGAAGCCAGAAAAGAAGAAGUACGCAGACAAGAAAUGGAGGCACUGAGGCAAAGAGACGAAAGCUUAUCAAUAGAAAUGGAACUUUUGAAGCAUAAACUUGUAGAAUUGGAACAAGCAGCCAAAGGACGAGGUCUUGGUGGUAUUUUGAACUUCAAACAUGCUCAUUCAGAAAGUGGGACUUCAACAAAGGCCGCUUGAUUAUGUUGCAAGUUUGUCCACCAAGGGAUGUGAUUUGAUCAACAUGCUCUUGAAAAAUGAAGGUGUAUUUUCCUAAUUCUUUUGACAUUGCACCAUUUUUGGACCCUUUGCUUUUGGUAUUAGUAUUUACAUCUGUAUAUGAAUAUUAUUCCAAUAAAAAUUCUUUCUGUCUCCCUGCGAUAAUGGGGUGUAACUGUUCAAGUAUCUAGUAAAUGAAAACUUUGCCUAUGCUGCCUCUAA